AUGACGGGCGCGCGGCCGUGCGCCGCGAAGAAGCGCAGAGCUCGGGAGCGCGGCGGCGGCGGCGAAGGAGGAGGAGGAGCGGCAGCCGAGGCGGCGCCCGGGCGGGAGCGGCGGCCCGUGGCGGCGGCGGCGGCGGGCGGCAUGAGCUGGGCGCGGGCCGCGGGCUCGGCGCUGGCCGCGCUGCUGCUGCUGGCCGCGUCCGUGCUGAGCGCCGCGCUGCUGGCCCCCGGCGCCUCCCUGGAGCGCAGCACGCGAGAUUUAGACAGCAAAAGGCAUGUAGAACUGAAGAUGGACCAGGCUUUGCUGCUCAUCCAUAAUGAACUAUUUGGGACAAACUUGACUGUCUACUGGAAUUCUGAACGCUGUUAUCAGUGUUUGCUUCAGGUUCUGGCGAACGUUUCUGGGAGUGCAAAGCCCGGGGCGCCUAGCAUCGCAGCCGCGGCCGUUAGCACGCAGCACAGGUCCAUCCUGCAACUUAACCACACGUGGGAAGAGAAAGAAGUUUGUAGGCUGGAAUACACAUUUGGCGAAUUUGGAAACUAUUCACUCUUGGUCAAGCCCGUCCAUAAUGGAGUCAAUGAAAUUGCUUGUGAGAUAAUUGUCAAUAAGAAUCCAGUUGACAGUAACCUUCCUGUGUGUAUUGCGUUCCUUGUUGGUCUAGCAGUCAUCAUUGCUGUGUGCUUUCUAAAGUUCUUGUUGAGUUUGGAUGACUUUAAUAAUUGGAUUUCUAAAACAAUAAAUUCUCGGGAAACCGAUCGCCUCAUCAACUCUGAGCUGGGCUCUCCAAGCAGGGCAGGCCAGCUCGGUGAAGAUGCCCAGCCCGAAGCCUGGCGUCCGUCCGUGGUGCCUCUGCGCCUCCGCUGCGUGGACACAUUCAGAGGGAUAGCUCUCAUCGUCAUGGUCUUCGUUAAUUAUGGAGGAGGAAAAUACUGGUACUUCAAACACGCCAGUUGGAAUGGACUGACGGUGGCUGACCUUGUAUUCCCAUGGUUUGUGUUUAUAAUGGGAUCCUCGAUCUUUCUGUCAAUGACUUCCAUACUGCAGCGGGGAUGCUCGAAGUGCAGACUGCUGGGGAAAGUUGCGUGGAGGAGUUUCCUAUUAAUCUCUAUAGGAAUUAUCAUCGUGAACCCCAAUUAUUGUCUUGGUCCAUUGUCGUGGGAUAAGGUGCGGAUCCCGGGAGUGCUGCAGCGGCUGGGGGUCACUUACUUUGUGGUUGCUGUGUUAGAGCUCCUGUGUGCAAAGCCUGUGCCUGAAAGUGGUGCCUUGGAGAGAAGAUGCUCUUCUCUUCAAGACGUCACGUCCAGCUGGCCACAGUGGCUCUUCAUUCUGAUGCUAGAAGGUGUUUGGCUGGCCUUGACUUUCUUCUUGCCUGUUCCUGGAUGCCCUACGGGCUAUCUUGGUCCUGGCGGCAUUGGAGAUCGGGGGCAGUAUCCGAAUUGUACCGGAGGAGCUGCUGGCUACAUUGACCGCGUGCUUCUGGGAGAUGACCACAUUUACCAGCAUCCUUCCUCGACCGUGCUGUAUCACACCACGGUGGCCUACGACCCCGAAGGAAUCCUCGGGACCAUCAACUCCAUUGUGAUGGCAUUUUUAGGAGUUCAGGCAGGAAAAAUACUCUUGUAUUACAAAGAUCAGACCAAAGGCAUCCUGAUCAGAUUCACUGCCUGGUGUUGUUUUCUAGGGCUCAUCUCUGCUGCUUUGACCAAAAUUUCUGAAAAUGAAGGCUUUAUCCCCAUAAACAAAAAUCUCUGGUCCAUUUCCUACGUCACCACGCUGGGCUCCUUUGCCUUCUUCAUCCUGCUCAUCCUGUACCCCAUCGUGGAUGUGAAGGGACUGUGGACGGGAACCCCAUUCUUUUACCCAGGCAUGAACUCCAUCCUGGUGUACGUCGGCCACGAGGUGUUGGAGAACUACUUCCCCUUCCAGUGGAGGCUGCAGGACAACCAGUCACACAGAGAGCACCUCGUGCAGAACCUUGUCGCCACCACUGUCUGGGUGCUCGUCGCCUACGUUCUCUAUAGAAAGAAGGUGUUUUGGAAAAUCUGAUCGCUGCAGCUGAAGCGUGUUGCUGGCGGGCUCUGGUGGGCCGGGGGGAGUGUGGACGCAGCCUUUAGGAAAGGGACUUGUUGACUAGAAAGUCGGUAGGGUGUGUAUUGCCACAUUAUUGGGGAAGAUGCUGGUGCACUGGGCCGGCUGACUGUGGCUCAUCAGAACUCGGCCUGUGUGUUUGGGGCUUCAGUGUUUGGCGCCUCGUUGUCCUUUUCUUCAUCUUCUGCAUCAGUGGAUGGAUUUGGAACUCUGUUCUAAGGAUUUCUCAGAUAACUUUUCCAAAGGGAAUGACCACAGGUGUUUGUUUCUGUGACGGAUGAAACAACCUAAGGUCUGAGUCUUUCUGACCUUGUUUUCCUGCCCACGGCCUUUCCGUGUGGGUACAUGCCAACCACGGGCACCAUCGUCCCUGCUGUGGCUGACGCGAAAGCUCACCGAAUGUGACGUGUAGUCUAAUGUGUGUGCGUGUGUGUGUGUAAAGUGUAGUUAAAUAUUUCAAGAAAGGGUAGUUUCCCUUUCAGGUCUGCAAGGCAUUGGUGGGUCCAAAAAACAUGCCUUUCUGUCAGAAGCCAUUUUCUCUUUUUCCUACUUGAAAAAAAAAAAAGUUAAAAUGUAGAUGUGUUAUUCUCAGCUACUCUUGCUUAAUUAUCUGUUUAUGUACCUAUCUAUUUACUUGUCUAUCAAUCAACUCUAUCUGUUUAGCCACCCACCUACUUACCACCUGUCUGUCGCCGUGUAAUAGAUGGUGGCUGGUACCCAGGGACAUAGCUGCGGAAGAGAAAAGCACAGUCUUACCUGUGGCUCCAGCGUUGCCAUCCUGGCCUCGUGAGAUGCCAGACAAGUUCCUUGGCCUGUCUGAGUCCCAGUUUCCCCAUGUGUGAAAUGAGGGAGAUCGUGAGGACCUCUCGGCUGCUCAGUGAGGUGGGGCACAUCAGUAGCUUUGCUGAAAUCCUUAGAAAAAUCAUUUUAUUACAGAAAACUCUUCAAAAUAAGUGAUAAUGAAAAGUUUAAAAAACUCUCAUUGGAGUAAGUCUUUUCAGAAUGACCCUCCACAGUGGAGGCACCGUUCCUGCUUGGAAUGAAAAGUGAAGACGUCGUUUCUCAGGAGUGAGGCUAGGAGAGCACGCAAAGAGAAACAGCGCUUUUCAUAUGAUGCAUCAUCAUACUUAUGAACUUCCUGGGAGGGAAUGUGGCGAUAGCUUGUGCUUUGGGGCUGUGGCGAGGCGGGGCCAGCUCGCGUUGCUUCCACGGUCCCCCCUGCAUGGCUUCCUAGUCUGUGCUUCCAGCUCAGACCCCUCCCUGAACUGGGAGCUGCCUCUGAACCCCUCCACCUGGAUGUCCGCCAGCAUCCGGGCUCACCCUCUCCUGCCUUUUCCCAAAUUCAAACCUUUUCCUUUUUGGAUUUUCCUAGCUUUGUGAAUACGGAUCAUCCUCGUCUGUAGGUAUAAAACUGCCACCGGCCCUGGCCGGUUUGGCUCAGCGGUUGGAGCGUCGGCCUGCGGUCCGGAGAGACCCGGGUUCGGUUCCCGCU